AUGAGCGCCCAGCUGCUGCUGCUGCUGCUGCUCUGCCCCGUGCUGGGCACCCACACUGCUCAUGGCUUUGGUGGCCAGGAGUCCCUGAGCCCCAACGUGGCCGGGGCCAGGCACGCCCGCUCCGCCAGUGCCCCACCACAGCCCCGCGACUGCAUCCUCUCCUCCUGGUCCUCCUGGAGCAAGUGUGACCCCUGCCAGAAGAAAAGGUACAGAUUUGCCCGCCUGGAACAGCCCUCUCAGUUCGGUGGAGAUCCCUGUGAUGGCUCUGACAGGGAGGCUGAGCAGUGUGUCACAAACAGCCCUUGCAGGAGCAGAGCUCGCUGUGAUGGCUUUGUGUGUGCAGUUACAGGGAGAUGCAUUGCACGGAGGCUGCUCUGCAAUGGGGAUGACGACUGUGGGGACCAGUCAGACGAGAAAAACUGCAAAAAAGUGUUCAGGAAAUGUGACCAGAAGAUGGAAGAGUACUGGGGAAUAGAGAACCUGGCCAAAGGGUUGAAUAUCUUCACAAACAGCUUGGAGGGGUUGGUCCUUGAUCACAGGUACUAUGCUGGGGGAUGCUCUCCCCAUUACAUCACAGACACCAGGUUCAGGAAGCCCUACAACGUGGAGAGCUACACACCAGAGACCAAAGGCAAAUAUGAAUUUACAAUGACUGAAUAUGACUCCUACUCAAAUUAUGAAAGCACUGUCCUGAAGGCAAAAGCUACACAGUCAAGCUUCAGCUUCGGUAUAAAAAUACCAAAAGUGUUUGAACUUGGUUACAGCUCAAAUGACAUGAGGUUCAAGAAGUUCAUGCAGAGGAUGAAAAGAUUUUCCUCAAGUUCCAGCAAGUUCCUCCACGCCCGUUGUGAGCUGGCUGUCGGUGUUUACAAGCUGAAGCCCCGGGCCCUGAUGCUGCACCACGAGUUCCUGCGGCGGCUGCAGCAGCUCCCGGUGGAGUACAGCUACGGGGAGUACCGCGAGCUCCUCAGGGACUUUGGGACACACUUCAUCCAGGAGGCCACUCUUGGAGGCAUCUACGAGUACACCUUGGUCAUGAACAGCCACGAGCUCCACAGGGCAGGUUAUUCUCUGAGUGACGUCCAGAAAUGUGCACAGAAGGGCUUUAACAUUGCUGUGAGUUUUGGUAAAUUCUCUGUGGGGCUUGGAGUAGAUUCAGCUGCCUGUAAUGCCCUUUUGAAAGAGAUUGGAGACAGCACUGCCAGGAAGCAGCUUGUGGAGGAUUUCCAGGUGCUGGUCCGUGGAGGAGCGAGUGAAGAGAUCACCACCCUGGCCCACAAGGACCUGCCCACGGCCCAGCUCAUGCAGCUGUGGGGAGAUGCUGUGCAGUACAACCCUGAGAUCAUAAAGCUGAAGGCAGAGCCACUGUAUGAGCUGGUGAGUCCCUCUGACUUGGCUGAUUCCAUGAAAAUAAAGGAGAAUCUGCGCCGGGCUCUGGAUGAGUUCCAGCUGGAGAGCAGCUCCUGCCGCUGUGCUCCCUGCCUUGGGAAUGGCAUCCCCUUCCUGAGAGGAGCAGAGUGUGAGUGCCUGUGUCCCCUGGGCACCCGCGGCACCGCCUGCGAGAUCAGCAGGAGCAGAGAUGCUGCUGUCAAUGGAGACUGGGGGUGCUGGGCCAGCUGGUCCCCGUGUUCAGGAGCUCAGAGGACGAGAAGGAGGCAGUGCAACAACCCUGCCCCACAGAAUGGUGGCUCCUCCUGCUCAGGGCCAGACUCUGAGACAGUCCCCUGCUAG